GAAAUUAGGAGAUCUCUAAAAUCAGAGAAAACGUUGCUGGAAUUGUGAUUUCGUGGAUCGUGAGCUUCUGCUAAAAGUUGUUAACUAACGGGGUAAGUUCGUUUGCUGAAGCUGCAUACAUUGCGAUUGUUAUUGCAGUUCAAAUCACGCAGAAAGAGCUGGAAUUUAGAUUCACUGCAGUUGAAGGUAGAGAGUAGGCCAUUUUAGGGAGUACAGUAUGGUGCUGGUGAAGAGAAUAUGUGUUGGAUGGAAUCGGUUGCUUUUGCUUCUUCCAGCACUUAUUUUAAUUCCUCACUUUCUAUCAGUCAAGGAGCUCCAUCAGCAAAGGGAUUUUCAGGAUGUACCUAAGGAGAAGCCAAAGAAGUCCAAUCAUCUUAUCCAAGGACCUGCUGCUGGGGAGGGUCUUGCUGAUCGUUUGCAAUGCCGAGGAACAAGGGCUCUUGAUAGAACACAAUUUCUGAAGUUUCGUAACCAUUCUCUCCCAACGGACCAUGUAGCUUUAGUCACUGUAUUCACCACUUACAACUCUACUGUUGACAGUAGACCAAUUGAGUUGGUUACUGUUGGGAACAUGUCAUAUAACAAAGUGGAGAGGUCGAUGGCCAUUUUGAAUGUUUUCUUAAAUUUUGUCCAGGUAACCAUGCCUCAAAGCAAUGUUAUCAUUCUUACUGAUCCUGCCUCUGAUCUUCCGCUGCAUAGAGAUAUGGUCACUAUUCAACCAAUACAAGGUGAAUAUUCGAGAGACAAGUUGAUGCUUCAAAGAAUCAGGUCUUACAUUAUGUUUCUACAAACAAGACUUGAGAAGCUGGAACAGAAGCAGGAACAAGUAACUCAUUUCAUUUUCACGGAUUCUGAUAUAGCAGUAAUAGGGGACCUUGGAGAAAUAUUUUCUGACUAUCCUAAUUUUGAUCUGGCUCUUACCUUCCGGAACAACAAAGAUCAACCUCUAAAUUCGGGAUUCAUUGCCGUAAGGGGUACUGCUGAUGGAAUUCAGAGGGGGGUGACGUUCUUACAAGAAGUACUAGAAGUUUACAGUUCAAAAUUUAUGCGAGCUUCUCGAAUGCUUGGAGACCAACUAGCUCUUGCAUGGGUUGUUAAAUCUAAACCCAACUUUAACAUCAAAAGGUUCUCUAGAAGAGAGGCUUUCCAAGACAUGAUUGGUGGUGCUUCGGUGCUUUUUCUGCCGUGCUCUCUUUAUAAUUGGACGCCACCAGAGGGUGCAGGCCAAUUUCACGGAAUGCCUUUGGAUGUGAAGGUAGUUCAUUUCAAAGGAUCAAGAAAGCGACUGAUGCUCGAGGCCUGGAAUUACCUCUCGUCUUCUUCUAACCUCCCCGAUACGCUAUGCCUCAUCUUGAGAAGUGGAAGAACAAAAUAUGACUUCUGAACUCGGUAUGGGGACUCUUUUGCCGUUGCAACCAUCAUCGUUAUCAAGUUGCUUCAUUUUGACCGAGUGUCGAUGAACUGAUGCUACAUCAAGUCCUCACUUUCGGGUUCGCUGCUGUUGGUUUCGAGAAGUUCGUCUCUGCUGCUACCCGAGACGAGAAGAAAUCCACAGCCACCAACGCGUCUCACAUCUCGCAUUAGGCAUCCCCGUCUUUCUUUCUCAGUCUUCAAAGGUGUGUGUGUUCUUGGAGUUUUGGUUCCAAAAAUAGUUGGAUUGAAAUGCGACAAAUUACCUAUAAAGUCAAGUUUCACUUUUCAA